AUGAGAAUAUUGUCAUGUGGUGUCGCAGAAGAUGCAGUUGAUGAUUACAUACGUAUCGGGGAAAGCACUACAAUUCAAAGUUUGCAACAAUUUUGUAAUUCAGUGAUUGAAAUCUUUGGAGUAGAAUAUCUGAGAUCUCCGACACCAAUUGACAUUGCUAGAUUACUUGCUAUUGGAGAGGUUCAGGGGUUUUCUGGUAUGUUGGGAAGUUUAGAUUGCAUGCAUUGGGAGUGGAAAAAUUGUCCAAAGGCAUGGCAAGGUCAAUAUGUAGGCCAUCAAAAAAAGCCAACCAUUAUUCUUGAAGCAGUAGCAUCUUAUGACUUAUGGAUUUGGCAUCCAUUUUUUGGAAUGCCUGGCUCACACAAUGACUUGAAUGUGUUGGACCGAUUGCCUUUGUUUUCUAAUCUUACGCAAGGUAAAGCUCCCCCUGUCCAUUACACUAUCAAUGGACAUAGUUAUGAUAUGGGCUAUUACCUUGCUGAUGGUAUAUACCCUCAAUGGGCAACAUUGGUUCGAACAAUUUCUUCUCCCCAAGGAGCAAAGAUACAACAUUUUGCAAUGAUGAAGAGUCUUCCAGGAAAGAUGUAG